CUCCUGGCUGAUAUUGUGAGCAUCGACAAGUUUUGUCCUAAUACACUAACGACAAUUUCAACAGCAAAAAGACAGAAUAAGUAAAAGACCAAGUUGCGGCACUUAUAUAUCUGAACACUAGUUUUCGGUUUCUCAUCGUCCCGCAAAUAAAUCAAUUAUUUAUAGCUCCUUGAUAGUGAGAUCAGAACCAUGGAAACGGUUACUGCAAAAUCUAAAUUAAGCCCUGGAAGGCGUCGGUUGUGCAUGGCAGAAGAUGACACUAUCGAGACCAAGUGUAUUAAGAGACGCCGAAGAGAUCCCUCCACCGGUGCACUAGGCUGCAACAAUCAACAAGGAGAACAACAAGUACAAGGUGAUCAACCUACUGCCACUACAGUGAAGAGAAGUUCAAGAUUCCGGGGUGUCAGCAGACAUCGUUGGACUGGAAGGUUCGAAGCUCACUUAUGGGAUAAAGGUUCCUGGAAUCCGACACAAAGGAAGAAGGGAAAGCAAGUUUAUCUUGGAGCUUAUGAUGAAGAAGAAUCUGCAGCUAGAGCAUAUGAUUUGGCUGCUAUUAAGUACUGGGGAACAUCAACUUUCACAAAUUUUCCGGUAUCUGAUUAUGAGAAGGAAAUUGAGAUAAUGAAGAGUGUAACAAAAGAGGAAUACUUAGCCUCUUUAAGAAGGAGAAGCAGCGGUUUCUCAAGGGGUGUUUCCAGGUAUAGAGGAGUUGCAAGGCAUCAUCACAAUGGGAGAUGGGAGGCAAGAAUAGGGAGGGUGUUUGGAAACAAAUAUCUUUAUCUUGGCACAUACAGUACACAAGAGGAGGCUGCUCAUGCUUAUGAUAUUGCAGCAAUUGAGUAUAGAGGGAUCAAUGCAGUAACCAACUUUGACCUAAGCACAUACAUCAGAUGGCUAAAACCUGGAGCCAAUCAUGCCCUUGUUUCUGAAGAAGUUAAAACAACCUUGGCAUCUCAGCCCAUGACAACAUCUAACCUUUUUCCAAAUGAGCAGACAAAUGACUUACCUCUCUUCAACUCGAAUCCUUUCACAAUAGAAGCCUUUGACAGACCAAAGAAACAAGAUAUUUUGCAAAAGAAGGCCUCUGUAAAUCCUCGUGCCAAGUCAUCUUCCCCAACUGCACUUGGCCUCCUGCUUAGGUCUUCAAUGUUUAACAAACUAGUAGAGCAGAACUUGAAUGCAAACUAUGAUGAAAUUGAAGAGAACGACACAAAGGGGCUGACCGAGAUAGUCGACAACAAUGGAGUGGGAGAAAUGUUCUACAACGAAAUUGAUCAUGUCCCUUUUAUGUGCUCCUCCAAUAGAGACGUCCUGGCUGGGUUAGAAUCAAAAGAAAGUGAACUGCCAUUAUAUAACAAAACAGUGCAGUCCCUGUGGAAUGGUGCCUUAAACAUACCUUCUUUACGUUAACUAACAACCGCAACUG